GGCGGUGGAGGCGGGGCCGGGGCCGGGCCGCGCACCCGGCAACCGCAGGCGGAAGCCGGCUCAGCUUGUGCGACCCAGUGGGAUCUCGCCCCGGUGGCCGAAUGCAGGAAAGCGUCUGGAAGCCAGGAGCCAUGGCGGUGGGGAAUAUCAACGAGCUGCCGGAGACCAUCCUGCUGGAACUGUUCACACACGUGCCCGCCCGCCAGCUGCUGCUGCGCUGCCGCCUGGUCUGCAGCCUCUGGCGUGACCUCAUUGACCUCGUCACCCUCUGGAAGCGCAAGUGCCUGCGGGAGGGCUUCAUCAGCGAGGACUGGGACCAGCCCGUGGCGGACUGGAAGAUCUUCUACUUCCUACAGAGCCUGCACAGGAACCUCCUGCACAACCCGUGCGCAGAAGAGGGAUUUGAGUUCUGGAGCCUGGAUGUGAAUGGAGGUGAUGAGUGGAAGGUAGAAGAUCUCUCUCGAGACCAGAGGAAGGAAUUCCCCAAUGACCAGGUCAAGAAAUACUUCGUGACUUCUUAUUACACCUGCCUCAAGUCCCAGGUGGUGGACCUCAAGGCCGAAGGGUAUUGGGAGGAACUGAUGGACACCACACGACCGGACAUCAAGGUCAAGGACUGGUUCGCAGCAAGGCCGGACUGCGGGUCCAAGUACCAGCUGUGCGUUCAGCUCCUGUCGUCAGCACACGCGCCUCUGGGGACCUUCCAGCCAGACCCAGCAACGAUCCAGCAGAAGAGCGAUGCCAAGUGGAGGGAGGUCUCCCACACUUUCUCCAACUACCCGCCCGGCGUCCGCUACAUCUGGUUUCAGCACGGCGGUGUGGACACCCACUACUGGGCCGGCUGGUACGGCCCGAGGGUCACCAACAGCAGCAUCACCAUCGGGCCCCCCGCCGCCCUGAUGUCUCCGAGCCCCCAUGCACAGAACGCUGACUGCGUCAGCCCCCUGCGGCCAGAGCGCUGGAGCGAGGCGCAGGCCUGUCCCGCCCUGCCUGGCAUCCCGCCCCCUACGCCGCUCUCCGCUAACCCGGAGUGCAGGCAGGGGGCGACGGGUGCGGCGAAGGGUCGUGACUCCCGCUCCGUCUUGGCCUGCGGGCUGCCCCAAAACGCGCCGUACCUCCCGGCCCACACUUCGUGGGUGAGACCCACGCCGGCAGAUGAAUUGGGACCAGCCGGCACGCCCAUGUCUGCGGAGCCUAGAACCAGCGCCUGCUUUUUCCGAGCCAAAGCUUCUGCUUUCGAAGGCCUGUGCCCGCACCUCGCCCCCACCGCAGCAAUGGCCCUGGUCAGCAUCAAUGAGCUGCUGCCAGAGAACAUCUUGCUGGAGGUGUUCACGUACGUGCCAGCACGUCAGCUGCUGCUGCGCUGCCGGCCUGUCUGCAGCUUCUGGCGUGACCUCAUUGAUGUCGUGACCCUGUGGAAACGCAAGAGCCUGCAGGAGGGCUUCAUCACCGAGGACUGGGACGAGCCUGUGGCAGACUGGAAGGUCUUCUAUUUUUUGUGCAGCCUCCGCCGGAACCUCCUGCGCAACCCGUGUGCUGAAGAGGGUAUGACAUCCUGGCAUAUCGACUCCAAUGGGGGCGACCAGUGGAAGGUGGAGAGCUUACCGGGAGACCACGGGACAGACUUUCCUGGCCCCAAAGUCAACAAGUACUUCGUCACAUCCUAUGAGUUAUGCCUCAAGUCCCAGCUGGUGGACCUCAAAGCCGAGGGCUACUGGGAGGAGCUGAUGGACAAGUUCCGGCCUGACAUUGUGGUGACAGACUGGUUCGCCGCUAGAGCAGACUGCGGCUGUACCUACAGCAUCCGAGUGCAGCUGGUCUCGGCCGACUAUAUCACCUUGGCAACCUUUGAGCCCCCGCCUGUGACCAUCCAUCAGUGGAACGAUGCCACGUGGACAGAGGUCACCCACACCUUCUCGGAUUACCCCCCCGGCGUUCGCCACAUCCUCUUCCAGCACGGGGGCACAGACACCCAGUUCUGGGCAGGCUGGUACGGGCCACGCGUCACCAACAGCAGCAUCGUCAUCAGCCCUAAGAUGACCAGGAGCCCGGCGCCCUCCACAGCCCAGCCCAGGCCCAAGGUAGGGGAGGAAGGGAAAUGCUGACUUGCCCUCCCUCCGCCUCAUUUCUGCAGGCCCUCCUGACAGUGUCAUCUGACAGCUACUUAUCCGUCCGUCUCUGCCAGCCCAGGGACCUCCUGCCACAGUUCUAACCUUAGGCAAACCCACCAGAUUGUAGUAACUUCCUCUGACAACUUACUGUUCAACAUAGCCCUGCUCUUUUGUCAAAAUAAAUGUUUUCAGUAAAA